CAACAAUUUCUGAAAUUAACCCCCUGACAUAUUAAGAGCUACUGGCAGCCUGUGCAGCAUUAAUCAUCCAUCUAUCAAGAUGACCCACCAAGUAUCCGAGCAACAGGCAAAGUUGACUUCCUUGUUUGAGGAAUCACUCGGCAAGGCAGAAUAUGCCAGGCUUCUGGCGAGUGAACCUUCAGUCCAGAAGUACCUGGACGCCGGCGAACGGCUUUCAUUUGAGUCCAUAAUCCCGUUUAUGCCAUCCUCCAGCCACGGGAAGUUCAGUCCAGAACAGAAGGAUCGCUACUGGAAGGCAAUUCUUAACGCUAUCACUUCGGACACACCGGAUUACGGCAAGAUCAAGGAGGAGACCGCGGAGGCGAUCUGGGAGUACAGAACCACAAAAGACCUGGCGGUUCCUACCACGAGAUACUAUGUGUCGGCUAAUAAGUACGAUGCCAUUGGAAACUUGAAUAACAAUUAUUUGAGACCUACCGCGAUCAACAGCGGGAUGACUGCGAGGACAUUGUCCUUUUUUACCGAGAACUUCGACAUCAACCUCCUUCCGCUGUGUGCAAACGUGAAUCUGGCUGUGGGAGUACGCAAAGCAGCCAUACAACGCGUCCUCAAGGAUGCCGAGAAUCACGAGAAAGUCAGCCGGGAAACAGAGGAGAAGUUCACCCAGCAUAUCAACAACUUUGUGGAGGUUAUGGGUAGCCCUCGUCUGGCCGGCACGUCACACCCAAGUGUCACAGCCUACAAUGUCGAACGGCUCCUGACCCCGGAUGAUUCCUCCGCCCCGUGGCCGCUGCAAAUGGCGACCAGCAUCUCAGGACGUGCCUCCACUCGUCUAAAGAUCAGUGGGCUUCUUGCUAUCGGCACCGAGGAAGCUAAGAUCACCAGUCUUAUCUUGAGUGCCGCUGAGCGCGCAAGACGGCAGCGGAUGACCCAGUCAGGCAACUAUCCUUACACAUUGGAAGAGUGUGUGGAUAUAAUCGAUGGCUAUAUGCGGGAGCUUCGGGGCUUCUGGCGUUUCACGGCCGCAGACUAUCAUGCUAUUUUCAGAUGGCUGGAGGAUGGAGCUGAGUUGAUCGAAAUCCCAGAGAUCCUCCGUCCCUACCUUGAGAACACGGAGAAAAACCAUCUCUACAGGGUAAUCGCAAUGCAACUUCGGGGUUAUUCUCAGUCCAUACUGCGGUUGGAACCAAUGGGGGAGUCAACUGAGAAGGACUGGCCAGAGGUUACAGUUGAUGGACAGAAGGUCAUGGUUGAGGGGAAGGAAGUCACGGUUGACUAGCUUAGCUUUUUGAGGUGUUAAGAAAGCUGUAGAGGAUGCGGUAGGGAGACCCAGAGAGCUCGAUUCGUGAAGAGCAUAGCAGAGGUGUGCAAUGCAUGUGGCUGCGUAAUAGCCUGGCUAAUGGCUUUGCCACCAUAAGGAAAGUGGUACUACG